AUGAUAGGCGUGUGAUUUCCGGGUGUAAGUCCAUGUUUUGUUGUGGCACAUGACCAAUCACGUGAAAAUAAAACCAAAAUAAAACUACGACGGCGGCGGCGGCCUUGUGAAAGUUUCUGACAUUUGCACGGUGGUGUGACCGGACGUCUGAGCAGCCAAGUCUGAUGUUAAAAAGGACCAAUUGUAUAUCACCUAAACUUAAUGCCCUUUACAGUUAGUUCCUGAAACUGUGUGACUUCAAUUCUAUAGAACCUGUUGUUGUGACCCUUAACCUAAAAUACUGCAGCCGACAAAAAUCACACCGCUGAAACUUGUGGUAAUAGUAUGAUUGAACGUUUGUUUAAGGUGCUUAUUAUCGGAGAUGGAACUGUUGGUAAAACAUCGUUUGUUGAGCGCUAUGUGUCUAAUAGAUUUAGAGACGAUUAUAAAACUACUAUUGGAGUUGACUUCGCUUUGAAGGUUCUCAACGUAAAUGAUGAUGAGACAGUAAGGUUACAAUUAUGGGAUAUUGGCGGUCAAGAGCGUUACACCUCAUUAACUCGUGUAUAUUACAAGGACGCAUCAGCUUGUGUUAUCAUAUUUGAUGUAACGACGCGCAAAACAUUUAAUAGUGUCAUGAAAUGGAAGAAUGAUCUUGAUUCCAAAGUGUCGUUGAAAGAUGGUAGUCCUCUGCCAUGUUUACUCCUUGCCAAUAAAUGCGAUCUUGCACAACAUCGUGUAGUGUCUUCACACGAUAUUCAAGAACUCUCACAAAACAAUGGGUUUAUUGGUUGGAGCGAGAUAUCCGUUAAAGAAUGCAGCAAUAUAAGUGAAUCAAUGAUGUUUCUAGUAGAAGAAAUUCUUGCAAGAAACACACUGACAGGCCAGCCAGGAUCUGUAGCAGAUGAACUCACCGAUAGUACAGGCAGAAUUACCUUGACACCAAAUACAUCAAAAUCUUCAAUUUUCUGCUGCACAUGAUAAUACUUAUACUUAUUAUAUCCUCUUCAUAUAGCAACCGCGUUAUAAGCACAUAAGUUCUUGAUUGACAAUAGGGAGCCUUCGAUUUGCGAUGACAUACAACUUUAAAAACUUAAUGACAUCAUGUUAAUUUAACUUUGCAUGUCUGAACGUUGUGCGUUGCGUUCUCUCCUGAAAUCUGGAAUGGUUGUCGGCCGAAUCUACGAUCAGGCCACGAUGAGAACUGUGCAGUAUUAAACAUUGUUGCGUCAGUCUUUGCGUUGAUGACAUCCGCAUACGCGUCGUAAACAAUCAAACAGUCACGGUGAGUGAAUCCGUUCUAAGUUCCUGUUAUACGUUUUCAAUCGAAAGCUCCCUAAUGAGACAGUGGAAUAAUUUUUGCAUCCCCUCUCAAAGUUUGUCUAAAGCCGUGUUCACAUUAAAUUAAUUUUCACCAAGUCUAUACGUAAAUUGAUGUUGUCAGUCUAUAUUUCUGUUUAUACUAUAACGAUAAACGAUAAAAAGCUAAAAAGCAAUUGUUCAUACAGAAAUAAAAAAACACUAGCACGAUUCGAUGGUGAUUUAUCAUGUAUACGUUAAAGAAAUAUUUUCACAAUAAAAUCGUUUUUACUACACCAAUUUUAUUGUGUUCCCAUGGUUAUGACGUCAUUUGAUUUGUGAAAAUAUUUUUUUAUCAUAUACAUGGUAAAUCAAAUUGUGCUAGUGUGAAAACUAUUUUUAUAUGAACAAUUGCUUUUUACCUUUUUAUCGUUGAUCGUUAUUAUUAUAGUGUAAACAGGCCUAUAUUGUAGAUACUGUAGAUUCAGUGAAAGUUCAUCAAUGUGCACAGUAUUUGCUUGCACUGAGGAACAUUUAACUUCGUUACACUGUCCACAUGCUUUUUCACACUUGAUUUUUUUCGGUCAAAGUGACCACGCACAUGGUUAGUUUGACCAAACUUAUUCCAAUGUAAACACGGUUUUUGUAAAUGUGACCUGCUUUUGUAGUUUCAUGUCCGAGUAUUGCCAGAGGUUGUGGCAGUGUGAAUGGGGUAUAAGCUGGAUAAGGUUAGCAAAUUGCCAUGCUAGUUAUGUAACUAAUAAGUGUACUCUCGUUGGCUAAUUCUUUGUUUUUUGAAAUGUUAUGAUCGAGCAUGUUACGAUUAUGUCUGUUGAUCAAAAUGAAAAUUUAUACUGCUGUUAACCUGUCCAGUUGACUCCGCUGGAGUGUUACUUCCACAUCCAGAACAGUCCCACAUUCUACAGUACUAAUCACAGGCAGUGUGUUUGGUGGAAUGAAGUGCUUGCAGGCAAACUGCGGGCAGUGGACACGGGCAAAGUCAGCUAGUUCUGCUAACAGGCAGGGUUCUCUUUGGCUUUCAUGCUGUAGUAAACAGAGUUAGGGCCCCACGCUGCCUGCAGUGCCUGCCAUCUAAUUGCUUUUGCUGUUAAUGAAUGUGGAUUGCAUUACCCAUGGCAAGUGUGGGCAAAAAGUGCACUGCUUGUGAUUGAAACAAGCUUUUCCACAGCCUAAUUUAAAUACUUAUUAUAGUUGAAUUUGCAAGAGUACUAAUAUAAGGUCAGAAAUAUUUAUCUAUGGUUUUUUCCUUCAUUAUUUGUGUAUAUUGCAGUGUCUUGUCUCUUAAAGGAUAAUUAACAUACAUAUGAUUAUAUUUUAAAAUUUUAAUAAAGGGGAAUGGUUUAAAAUAUUAUUAAAUAUUCAUGUUUUAGAUGUGAAUAUUAAGGAAGAUGUAAAAACUACUUAAUUUAAUUCAAAUAUAUCUUAAAAAUUGAUGCAAAUAACCUUAAAUUUUAUUAAACAAAUGCAAUCAAUAUUUUAAGGAAAACUAUAAAUGUUUUAAUCAUUUUAUCAACUUGUGAAAAGGGUUUAUUUUGUGAUAAUUAUUUUUUCAAUCAUGUUAUAUGUUUAAAUCACAUACUUAUGGGAAAUAUUAGGAAAAUAUAUAUAUAUAUAUAUAUAUAUAUAUAAAACUAUUUUAUAAAUUUGUAUGUAUGAUAUUGAAAUAUAGUUAGUGUAGAAUAUAGUUAUUAAUAUUUUAUAGAGGAAAUGUUAUGUUAUUCAAAAAUCUAUUAUAAUCACAAGAAAGUGUUUGCUAUACAGUAGUGGAAUAUGUUGGUAUAUCAUACAAUUUUAAAACAUGUUACAAUGUUUUUACAUAAUAUAAUACCAUGCAGACUCUAAAAAGACUGAGAGAAGCCACGAUUCAGUAGUUCGUUCUUUAUUCGAACAUCAUGAGGAAUAUCAUGUGUAUUGUUAUUAUUAUUAAUAAUUUCUACACAAAUACACAAAUUCUGAUUAUACAGUAAUGCACAACUGCAAAAACUUUAAAAAUAGGGUUAGUCACUACAUAAGUAACAGAGGGAGAGAGAAUUAUACCAAAACAACAUUAGUGCUAAAGAGAGAACCUAUUUGUAAAUUAAUGUUUUUGACAGAGUCAGUUGAAGAAUUAAAAGGCCAGCAAAAAAUGUAAAUUUUAUGUAGAUUUUAUUGUUAUCUGUCAUAACCAGAUUGUUAGAACCAAUCAUUUAUUGGUAAAUUAUUGAUUCUCAUUGCACUUAAGUUAUUUACUUAAAUUAUUCUGCUGUAUUUGUAAGUAAAAUGUCACAACUCCUA